GUUUUACUAAUUCGGUUGCCAUAAAAGCAUAUACACGAGUUACAAGAAAAUUACUUUAAGACAGUUCUCUUGACAAACUGAUCAAAUUGACCUCUUUCAUCUCAAAAAUUAUUUAAGUGAGUAACGCUACAAAACUUGGAAUAUUGUAAAUAAAAAUGAGAUUUUUAUGUAUUUUAAUACCGUUUGCCAUGGUUAAUGUAAUGGUAGCAGUUAUAGACGAAUAUACGAGACAAGUUAUCAUAACAAACAAAUUAAUUGAGCGUGCCGAUGCAGAAGAUCGAAUGCCGGACAUAAUAAGAAACACCGUUGUCAAUGGAAAAUACACGAUGGAGAAAAUAUCUUUAAUGUUGGCAGUACCGGAAUUUGAAGACUCUUCCGGAAAUCUAAAUUUAGGGAACCAGCUCCUUAUGCGUGGAGAAAUAAAGGCUAUCGUAGCUAUCAUAGUACCCGCGAUAAACGAAGCCGAAUAUCAAGACGUUACUCUCGAAGAACUAGGGAGUGCAAGAAGAAGAAUAACUACAGAAGCUAUAAAAACUGUACUCAGUGCUGUAAUAAGAAAUGAAAAGGAUCCAUAUUUUACGAAAUUCGGUCUUCGAAAUCUGUGUAAAUUGUUAGGAUUGUUCAGAAGUGUACAACACCCAAGUUCACCUGUAGUGAUGGCUAGUUUUCGUUAUGAUAUUUGUACACUCGGUACUAAUAACACUGCUGACAUCAGAUACAGAUACAUCAAUGACCAAAUUUGGGAAAUAAAGUCCAACAAUUUGCUCACUCAGCCACUUGCUGAUCAGAUACAAUAAUUCGGUGUAGAAAUGUGUUAUAGAUAAUUUAUUUUAUAACACUAUUGUUAUUAUAUUUAAAUAGUUUUUGCAUAUCUCACCAAUAUCAGGAUUGUCAAUAAAUGUUAUUUAUUCAAUGAUAAA